AUGACUGACUUGGAAUUAUGGAACAAGUUGUGUAUAUAUGGGGGCAUUCAGGCUGGUGAUGUAAUUCAGCACAGGGACUCUGUUCUUAUGGAAGAUUCUGCUAAGCUCCUAAAGGCUGCCUACAACACAGCAGCUCUGUGUUGUCUGGAAUUAAAGACUCUGAAAGUCAGGAUUGGACCAACAUGCUCAACCAUGCCUCUGCAUACACUGGAGAAGACAUUAAAAUGUUUGUGCACCCUGGGACACCUCUGGAGACCCUGCCACCAGCCACCCCUACUCACAUCCUGGGCUUCUGAGGCAGCUCUCUCUGUACCUUCAGAGAGGACACCAGAGCACCACAACCUGCAUUCCUGGUGCUCAUUAGUCCACCGGAAGGAGCUGGAUUUCCUGGACCUGGAAUACAGCCUGGAAGGACUUCCAGCACUACUUGGUCCACCCCAGACUUACAGGUCAGUACCUGGGAUCGGCCUUUGUGCAGACAGAGCUUCUAGGCUGGAUGCUUUUGUGUGGGCUUUGCUCCUUGCCUCUCCCCCCCUCUUGCAUUUCAACCUUGUGGGAAAGAAGUUCCUCAAGACUGAUUCGAUUGCUGGAACUGUCAACUCCUGCAACCUGUAUUUCUCUUCCACUAUGAGCAGACCGGCUCUGUUGCCCAGCUCUGUGCCUUUCUGUAGCGUUCUCUUCCUCACCUUAGCCACACAAUGUCUAGCUUUCCCAAAAGUGGAAAAGAGGGAGAUGGCACAUGCUUAUGCCCAGACAGAGCAGUCCCGGAAGAUGGACACAGGUGACGGAGAAAGCAUCUCCUCUGCUCCAGAGCACAUGCCCCAGCAGACAUCCUCUGAAGCUCCUAUGGUACUGUCUGUGGGACCUUCUGUGAUGCCAUUAAAUAAAGUCUUCUCAGUCAGCAAGGAACAUCACCUCCCUGGAUCUGGACUUCUGAAUCCUACUGUCCCUGAUCUUCAUUCUUCCACUGAGUCAGCGGUCUCAGACAGUGAACAAGGAGGGCAUGGUCCCAGUCAGCGUGAAGGACUGUCUUCUGAACAGAGACUUUCCAAGGCCUUGUCAAUCAUUGCUGUCCCUUCACCUACUUCUCUUAAUCCUCACCAGGAGGGGCACCAGAGCAUCUCUAGCACCCAGCCCAUUGUAGAAGGGAUCACAGUUGUAACAAAUGACUUCCUGAAGUAUGUGGAUAAUCAGUUGUUUGCAACUGAAAGUCAGGAAGCAGUUAGCUUGGGAAAUACACCUUCAUCCUAUAUCAAUACCAAAGAAAUGCUAACUGCCAGUCCAAGAACAGAGAAAGCUGAAACAGAUGCAGCCAAGAGGACGACUGCCUUUUCUGGGGUCGAUUCCACAGCAGACACAGAGCAUGAUGGGGAGAGGUCCUCGGAGGAAUCAGAUGACAAUGUGCAGACCACUGCCACCACAUACUUGGAGACACCCCCUGAGGAUGUUCUGAAUAUUGAUCCAACAGCUGACAGUCUUCUGGCGGACCUCAAGGUCACAGUGAGUGUCAGCACAGCUGUUCCGGUUUCUUCUGACACAAGUGAUGAGUGGGAUGACACCAAAUUUGAGAGUGUAAGUCAGGCAAGGACCAGAGAUUCGGGAGACCAUGCAGAGACUCGGGUGAGAACAGAGCCAUCACGUGGAGCACAUGAGAGCUUUGAAGGGACUGAGGGGAGCCCCACUUCCACAGAGGUUAACAAGGUGGCACCCCUGGGGACAGCUCUGGUAAUUGCACUGGAGCAAGAGAGAUCACCAGUCUUUGCCCAUCAGAUUCCCUUGAGUCCCAGGAGUCUGACAGAAGACCCUGAGGUUUCCACUGUGAAACUGUUACCAAGUGCUGGAGGCUUCACAGCCUCCACCCUAGAGGACAGGACCAUGCUUUUCUCAAAGACUGAAGUUUCUACCUCUCAAUAUGAGUCUCAGACACAUCAGGGAGUAGGAGAUAAGUUAAAAGACAGCAUCACACAAGAGAUGACAAUGGCCACACAAGAACCAGACUCCACAUUACCCUUGGUGACACAAGAGCACGUUGAGGUCCCCAGAGGCAGUGGUGAGCCUGAGGAUGGUAUGCCAUCCCCCUCUCCUUUGUCUGCUGAUGUGGGUGCCACUGAGCUCUCCAGAAGAUGGGAGUCUCUGGCCUCUCGGGCCUCCACAGCUGUUGUCCCUUUGUCUCUCGAAGUUACCUCUUCUAUGGAAGACCUAAUGGACACAAUCACUGGACCAAACAAGGAAUUCAUACCAGUUUUGGGCUCUCCAGAGGCACCCCCUGCAAUAACUGUAGAAACUCCCACAAUUUCUCCAGCACGCCCAUCUGAGGGAAGAACUAUUUCACCCAUCAACCACCCAAAUACAGCUGCCUCCUAUGGGUUGGAACAACUCGAAUCUGAAGAGCUAGAAGAUGAGGAGGAUGAGGAGGAUGAAGAAGAUGAAGAUGAGGAAGAGGAGGAUGAGGAAGAAGAUGAGGAAGAUAAAGAAGCAGACUCCUUGUAUAAGGACUUCGACAGUGAUACCGAGCCACCAGGGUUUACUCUCCCUGGAAUCACAUCCCAGGAACCGGAUGUAGAGGCAGGAAGCAUGGCCCUACUGGAGGUAGCAACAUAUCAGGUGCCAGAAUCCGUGGAGUGGGAAGAGCAGAAUCAAGGUCUGGUGAGAAGCUGGAUGGAAAAGCUAAAAGACAAGGCUGGGUACAUGUCUGGAAUGCUGGUGCCUGUUGGGGUAGGGAUAGCUGGAGCCUUGUUCAUCUUGGGAGCACUCUACAGCAUUAAGGUUAUGAAUCGCCGAAGAAGAAAUGGCUUCAAAAGGCAUAAAAGGAAGCAGAAAGAAUUCAACAGCAUGCAGGACAGAGUGAUGCUGCUAGCAGACAGCUCAGAAGACGAAUUCUGA